AUGAAUAUCAACAAAAGCCCUUCAGAAAUUAUGUUUAUGGAAUCAGAGGCUUUGGAGCUAUACAACAAAGGUCUGGCUUUGCAGCAGAAAGGAGAUUAUGUAGCAUCAGAGGAAGCUUAUAACCAGUUGUUAAAUUCUGCUUUGGUUAAAGAGGCUCCCACACCAGAGGAAGAUGCAGGCUUGGUUGAACCUGGUCAUGUGCUGAAAUAUUCAGCAUACAAAAAUCUGGCUUCACUGGCAGAGAAGAGAGAACAAUGGGAGAAGUCAAUAGAUGCAUAUCUUCAGGCUGUUGCCCUAGAUGACUCUGAUGUGACUGUCUGGUAUCAUCUUGGAGUAGUGGCUCUGAAGACUUUUGAUCUUUGCCUGGCUCGACGCUCGUUUGAAGAGGGUUUGAAGUGUAAUCCAAAGCACUGGCCUUGUUUAGACUUGCUGUGUACUGUGUUGUAUGCUGUUGGAGAUUAUUACACCUGCCUUGUUAUGAUUUCUAAGGCCUUGGAGAGGGAUGAGGAAUAUUCUAAAGGCAUAGCUUUGAAGAACCAGAUCUUUUCUGAAGAGCCUAUGCUCAAGAGAGAUUCUCAACACCUAAGGUAAGUGAUCCAUCCACUCCUUGUAUAGUUGUAACGUUUCAAUACAAGACAUCAAGGUGCACACUUGGACUUUUCUGUCAUAAAA